CAGAUGCCCGCAUCUCUCUCUCUCUCUCUCUCUCUCUCUCUGGCAGGUUUGCAUAGCUGAAGUAGACUAUAAGCGGCUGUCUAUUUUUGGAAUUCAUUGUGGCCAUUUCUCCCCUCUCUCUUGGUAUUCUCCCCUUUGUUUUGACUUAGGUUUUUAGACCCAUAUCUGCUGUUUUAUUUAUUUCUGAUGGAGGUUUGUCCAAGCUGUGAGCAUCGUCGCGGGAUAUUCAUAGCCGUGAUCGCAUAGAUUUUCGGCUCUCAAUGGAAGACAUCUUCCCACUGACUACGGUGAAGCAUAUUUCGCUUUUGCUUCGCAUCAACGAGCGGGGGACUUUUUAUAAAUGAAGGUUUGAGAAAGGCUGCAGCCCACCAGGAGGCAAACCUGUCGGCCUGUAACGCUGGGGUUUAUUUAUAAUCAGGGACCUAACCGUUUUCACGUCCUGGGAGCUGGACUGCUUGUGCUGGCGGUGUGAAAAGCAUUUUCACAUUUUGACCGCAUUUGCACAGCAGCAAGGGGGGCCAAGGUGUGAUACAUGGAUUUCACGAGGAGAGUGGAUUAAUCAGAAGGUUCAACUUCCUCUAGAAGUGAAACACUUUGGUCCCCUCAAAGCUCUUUCCCUUGACCAAUCAAAGAGCUUUCCUCCAAUUAGUUCCCACUCCCCCCCGUUCUGUGUCCCACUGCCAACCCUCGUGCAGGCAUCAUGGGUACAGUGCUCUCUCUGUCUCCCAGCUACCGCAAAGCAGUGCUGUUUGAGGAUGGCCCAGCCACGGUAGGCCACUACACAGCGGUACAGAAUAGCAAGAACGCCAAGGAUGCUGCUGCAGCAGCCUCCAAGUCCCUCAAACGCCCCUCUAUCAUCAAUGUGUUGCCAUGGAAACGCAUUGUGGCUGUAUCGGCGAAGAGGAAGGGCUCCAAGAAGCUGCAGUCAGAAGGCGGGGACGGUGGGAAAGGGAGCUCCCCGGAAGGCCACACCACUGCCACAGCCAACUCCGCCUCCAAUAGCCUGAAGCUGAAAAAGUCUCAGUCCUGCGCUAACCUUUCAUCUUACUCCUCAAACCAGGACCCCUCGGCCGCUACCACCACUACCUCCUCCCACCUGCCCAUCUCCAAGACCCUGGCAAACGUAGCUACUGUCGCUGCCAAAAAGAAUUCCCUCACAGGCUCCGGGAUCCAGCCGUCUACUGCAACUGGCACGCCAAAACGUGUCAUCGUCCAGGCCUCCACCAGCGAACUAAUGCGCAGCCUGGGUGAGUUCCUGUGCCGUCGGUGUUACAGACUGAAGCGUCUAUCCCCAACAGAUCCGGUGCUGUGGCUGCGCAGUGUGGAUCGUUCCCUCCUCCUACAGGGCUGGCAGGAUCAGGGCUUCAUCACUCCGGCCAAUGUGGUCUUCCUCUACAUGCUGUGCCGCGAUGUGGUCUCGUCCGAGGUGGCCUCAGAGCGCGAGCUGCAGGCCUCACUGCUCACCUGCCUUUACCUGUCCUACUCUUACAUGGGCAAUGAGAUCUCCUACCCGCUGAAGCCCUUCCUUGUCGAGGCAGAGAAGGAAGCCUUCUGGGACCGCUGCCUGGAGAUCAUCAACCGCAUGAGCGGCAAGAUGCUCCAGAUCAACACCGAUCCACACUUCUUCACCCAGGUGUUUGCUGACCUGAAGAACGAGAGCAAGAAAGAGGAGGAGAAGACCAAACUCCUCAUAGGCCUUGACCGAUAAGAGGGAGGUGGGAGGGGGGGAGUAAGGAUGGAUACAUUGAAAGAUUGGUGGAGAUAAGAAGUUGGACUUAUGUAACGCAGUGUAGUGAUACCGGAGAUCAGUACUGUUGUCUGGCGUCUCUACUGGUUUAUCAUUAACCAAAUUUCCUGUUUCUAACCCAGCAAAAAGAAGUUUAAUUCAUUUGAGUUGAUUAAUGAGCCACCUAAACACUUAACAGGCUUUCAGACAGUUGCAGUAAUGGUCUCGUCUGAAGGCAGCAAUUGGUAUAUGGGACACAUUCACCACAACAAGGCAAAUAAAAUCUGGGUUGCUGUGGUGCUGGCCCCACCAUCAGCCAUAUUAUAUGACAUGAUUGGAUCUGUUGGUAUCCAAAGGGUGGGUCACUCAGCUCAGGAUGUGACAAUAACAAGCUUUAAUGCAGAGAUAUGAUCAGUAGUCAUUCAAGAAUAAUGUUACACAGACGAGGGGAACUAGGAUUUAUCAAAUAACUGGCCAGCAGGGUUGGUGAUGUGACAUUAACAGGCUGUGAGAAAGUGAUACACAUCAUUUUUAUCGUUCGUCUCAGGCCAAGAGACACGCAUCACCCUAACCUACACCUUGUUUCAGUGAGAUAUGAAAUGAAAUCUGAUAUUCCCAUUGAAGUAUUUUCCUCUCUUUUGAUAAACAUGGGAUUAGAAAUGCCAGACAACACAGAUUUAAUAAUUGAGGGUGAAUUUUAUUACGAUGAAGAUACAGGAUAUUGAUACGAUGAUAAUGUGCGAUAGCAUCCAGGCAUUUUCGCUAUAGAGAAAUGUCAGGGGGAUGAAAAACAAGAACCACCUUGCAUGAGGUCACUUCAUAUGUCCUUGCACAUGACCACCUGCUCAUUGCCAACUCCACUUUACCUUAUUCCUUUUGUCCUGCUCAAGCUUACUGCACUCCCCAACACUGGCUGCGAGGUCCACUGCUGAAACUUUAAGAGCAUUAAAUAACACCAUAACACGGACAAGCCGGAAUCAACCACAACCCAACUAGUCUUCGACCUUCUCGGACUGUGAAAAUUAAGUCACCAUUCGGCUUAAUUGUACUGUAGUGGAUUAAUUCAUCCGCAUCUUACAUAAAGUGCUGUACUUUUAGGUGAACAUUUGGGUUUAUCCAGUCAAAUCUGCUAUGAAUUGGGAGAUCAGAUGUUUAGUAUGAUUAGUAUGAAAUGCUAAUCCCUUCAACAAAGAUUAAUAAUUAUUAAACAAGUCCUUCAGUAAGAUGUUUACAUUUACAAAAAACAUGGGAAAAUGCAAUACUGAGCCCUCCAAGGCAUAUUUUACACGGGGAAUUAUUUAAUUCCUUCCUGUUCCCCUGCACUUUCUCCUGCAGUCCAUAUUGGUGCUGUCCUGAAUGAUCAUAAGAAAUAAGAAAGAAAGAAAGAAAGAAAGAAAGAAAGAAAGAAAGAAAGAAAGAAAGAAAGCGAUUUCUGUUUUAAAACACUGCACUCAUGUUGUGCGCUGCGUACUGUAUUAAUGACUGGUGGGCCUUGGUCGUGGUAGACAUGUUCAGAGAGUCGAUCAUGUGAUCUGUCUCAACCAAUGGCUACACACAUCAGAAUAAUUGAAAAUGUGAUUAUAUUCCAGGUGUGUGUGGCAAGUGUAGAUGUGACUUUUCUUCCAAAGCAAAGCUUUGAUGUUGCAGUCGCCACUUGUUUUAAAGGACCUCCUCUGCUGUUUGAAGUGCACCCUGCAAUGCCCCCACCCCCCCACCCCUUCAUUACUCUCAUUACUAAAACAACACAGAUUCUCUCUCUCUCUGUCCAUCUGCUCCAGUCUGGUCUGAACUGGUCCUGUCCUGUCUGGUGCGGUCCAGUCCAAUCCAGUUGUCCCAUAUUUAGAGACUCUCUGGUCGGCUGACCUGGCUUACUUAUUCACUGAGUUGUUUGCCAUGCAUGUGUGCUUCUAUAGGUUUCUUAGCAUGCUGCUUUGUGUUGGGCAGACCGCACAAGAUGUUACAGAAGAGACUGGUCGCCAGGCUGAACUGCUGGAAGCUAGACUCAGUGAUGUGACAUCCAGGCGACUGGGCACAAGGACUCUAAUGAAGAAAAUGUGUGAAAGGCUGGUUGUGCCUUACAUCACAUACAUGGAUAAAGUCCGAGCAUCGGUCCCUCAUCGGGAUUUCCACUGUUCCACUGUUGAGGGGCCCAAAAGACCCUUCCAAGAUGAAAUAGUUCCCCUUUCAGAAACAAGUUAUAGCCUACAUGGGCUUAAAAAACUCCAACACCCAGGCAAGAGGUUGGAUCAGUUUGAGUGGCUAUUUAAGGAGCACUCCAGGAAUUUACUAUUGCUGUUCAAUAAAGUUGGGGGUUUCAUCAGACAUAUUUUAAAACAAUAGUCCAAAUCAAAGCAGCAGAUGGCAAAAUAUCUUGACUUUUAGCUUCUUGUAUGGGUAAGCCCCAAAAAAGCUGGAUCCUAUACUUCCCACAAUGCUAGUGGCUAAUGGCCAUUCUGUCAAACCUCAGACCUCCAGUUUGUAACAUAAACGCUUUCUGUUAAAACUAAAAGUCCCAAGUCCGAACUGAGAUUACGCUGAUGACACUGUCAGAUUAUAUUUACAAAUUUAAGAAAGCUCCCUCCAGAGCCACCGAAGACAAAUUCAUGUAAAAUCUCAGAGCAAACAGAGUGCUUGAAGAGAUUACUUACCUGGAUGAUGUCACAUCACUAAGUCUAACUGUAGCCAAUAAACCGUCUACAACUUUAGAAAAUCUCCGCCAUCUUAAAGAGGGCAGAGAUCUUGUGCCAUAUCAUUCUAAAGACUCAUUAUUUCCUACAAAAAAACAACAAAACAUGAAGAAACAUGAGCCAACUCAAAGUCUCUGACUGAGGAACAAGAAAGACUGUAAAGGAAUCACUUUUCACAAUGUUGCUAUGUCAUGUAUCAGAGAUCAGGACCACAAAAGAGGAACUUUGUUCAGAUGGCAAGGACGUGGAGGCAAAAUGGAAAGCUUGUGAUUUUAAUACGCAGUAAAGUUUUAUGUGUCACUUUGCAAAACAUAAGCCAAAAUUGGAGUCAUCCAUAGCUGGAGCAUUCCACAUUCUGUUAGUGAAUUUAUGAUUUGUGAAAAGUCAUACUUGGCCUGCUCCCUGAUAAGAUGAAAAACUGAAAUGAAAUGAUGAAACAGUUCCCUAUCUAUUUAAAAAAAACAUGGGGAAUGGGAUUUUUAAAACUUGUUAACAAAUCAGAAUGUCAUGCCUGUUUCCAGACUGGGUGUCUCCACGGUGCAGUUGAUGUUUUAACUCUGGUUGUGUUUAGUGUUCGGAUGAUAACCGACUUGGCUGCAAUAGGUACCAUGCUGUGAAAAAAAAUAUGUAGCCUUGACACAGAGUCGGACCUCACGAGACAAAUAUGCACAUGAAGAAUGAAUCCAUGGCAAACAAGCUUGUUUACAUGUUCUUCCUCCGAGCUGUUUCUGAUGUGUUGAACAGUACACAAGUAGCAUUUCUCUCAAUGGUAUUUCCAAGGCGACUAUUUUUAAAGACUCAAACUGCAAGUAGUAGGCUUGGUGGGAAUUAUAUAACAGCCGGUUAAUGGAAAAAGGGAUGCUCAAAGCUGACAAAUCCUCCUUUCCAUGACACAUUUGGUGAGCUAAAAGAUUCGCUAAGCACUGCCACCAUUAAUUUCUCUUGCUACACCUACACAUCAAGAUUUCUGCUCUCAGGCGGCACAUGUGCAGUUUACAACAAAAACGGUGGCAGAUUUGUGAUGAAUGAAACAAUGGGUCCUUGAUUUCACCAAUGGUUGAUUUUGUUGGCUGAAAUUUAUCAGAUUUUAUCAGCUGUAGGCCUAGUUAGCUAAUUAAGCUAAUGUUGGCUUAAUAAGUUUGUUAAAAUCCUGUCGCUGGCUGACUUUUUAUUGUUUCCAUCUGUAAAAGUGACGUAACAGUGCACUUAAAGAUGCACUUCCUAGCUACAUAAAUGACAUCUAGCUAAAAGACUGAGGAUAAAGCUAACAGGUGCCAGACAAAAAGUCAGCAUCCUCAUCAGCUACAAUCCACGGGGAAGACAUGGAUGUAGAGGUACUUAGUCCUAAUAUUGUAACUAUUGUUUCACUUUUAAUGUUACAAGAGUGUUUGGCAAACUUAACAUCUGGGGUAACAUUUGCUUACGCUGCUUAUCCCAAACUGUUCCAAAUCCAAUAAAGAACAGGACGGAGCUGCUAACAUUUUAGCCUAAACUCUGAUAGCGUUCAGGACCAGCCUCCUCACAAAGGCAAAAUACUACAAAGUGGAUGUGCUAUUCAUGAAUGGGGCUAUUUAAAAUGCAACUAGUAGCCUCACAAACUAAUGUAUUUGGUCUUUUGCCCUGGAAGUUAGGCCAGUUAUUUCUUGCUAGUAAGCUAGUUAGCUGGUCAUGCUAAUGAUUGCAGCUUACCCUAGAGGAAGUAAACACACUGAUUAAUCAAUUUGUGAGACGUUUUGGUUUUGGAAAGGUGCUUCAGCAUGUGAUAUAAAAUAUCGACAGGCCUCCUGUGCUUAGUUGCAGUUGCCAAUGUGAUCAACUAACACUGUGUGAGGGAGGGAUUUAGCGAACGGUCAAUUCUACUAUUUUAUUAAAUUUAAAUUGGACAUCCUAUCCCAUAGAAAACACACACACACUCAAUAGUAUUAUAUUUUGAGUAUUCAGUACCAUGUGGAUGUCAGAUGACAGGUCAGAUGACAGGUGAGAUGAGAGGUGAGAUGAGAGGUGAUGUAUUCUCUGUGAAACAAAAGAACUGAUGAGCAAAAAUCCCUGGAGAUUUUUCAAAAUGUUUGCUUCCACCUGCUCCGCUCCUUCCAGCUGUGCAGGAACAAUAAUAAAAAGAGAUAGAAAAGCCAGAACAGGAGGCAGAGACAGGAAACGUGUCCUCUGAAUGAACUUUUUUAUAGAAUUGGAGAGAGAAGUAUAGGUUGUCUACACCCUCUCCUAUACAUGCUCUCAUCAUUGAUCAACUUGUGCCAUAUUUUAUCUUGCAACACAUACAAAAACCUGUGCAACAUAUGAUGCUUAUGAUAAUGAUGAUGAUGUUAUUAUGGUUUUCCUUCCUUUUCAUUUGUGAAUCAUAUUGUGUAAACAAGAAUCUUUGUUGAACAAAAGUCAAGGCUACUAGUGUUACUAGAGUGCUGAUGCUGCAGUCUGUUACUCUGUGGAUGUAUGAAUAUGUAUGUGAGAAAUAAGAAUAAUUUGAUCAACUGUUACAGGUACUUUAUAUAAAAAAAACUUUA